GAGAGAUGAUAGCCUGCCGUAAUGCUGUUUUUCUUUACCCCUGGGCCUGAGAAACCUUUUAAAUCUCUUCAAAAAUGUUGGCACAGAUGAGGACCGUAGGCUAAACAACAUUCCUUCCAGGUCAUGAUCAGCUCAAUGUAUGUGUCCUCUCAGGGCCAUACUUCAGCCCAUGGCCACGACAGGACCUCGUCGAAAACAUAUCUAAGGGAAGACUGGGACAAAAAAGGGGAUGUCACAAAAAAGGUUGUUAUCAACGUUGGUGGCAUGCGUCAUGAAACUUACAUGAGCACUCUCAAGAGCUUGCCUGGUACCCGUUUGGCUAAACUGAUGGAUCAUGACCCCAGUGGUGACCCUGAAUUCUUCUUCGACAGACAUCCAGGUGUUUUCUCCAAUGUUCUGAAUUAUUACAGAACCGGUAAGCUUCACUGUCCAAAAGAUGUCUGCGGUCCCCUUUUUGAAGAGGAGUUGGCUUUUUGGGGGGUCGACAAGGCAGACGUGGAACCUUGUUGCUGGAUAACAUUCUGCCAACAUAGGGAUGCCAAAGAGGCCCUUGCAGCGUUCGGCCCAUCUGACUCAAAUGAGCACCACAAUGAAGAGUUUCCAGAGUCAUUCGAUGUUGAGGACAACCCAGCUAAUUCUCAGAGCUGCUUCAAAAGGUGGAAACCAAAAAUAUGGGCUUUAUUUGAUGACCCGUUCUCGUCUAAGACUGCCAAGGUCAUUGCGUUUGCUUCCCUCUUCUUCAUCCUCCUUUCCAUCACAGCUUUCUGUCUGGAGACACAUGACAGCUUCCACACGUUAGAGCAACGCACAGAGCUGGUCAUAGAUGGGAACCACACCGAAGAGGUGACGUACUAUGAGAUAGUGACCAAACCUACUCUGACUGUGGUGGAGGGCGUCUGUGUGGUGUGGUUCAUAUUUGAGUUCCUGGUCCGUUUCACCUGCUGCUCCAACAUACUGCUGUUUGUGAAGAACAUACUAAACAUCAUUGACUUUGUGGCCAUCCUGCCCUUCUUCUUGGAUGUGGGGCUGAGUGGGAAUGCCCUGGGCUUCCUGCGUGUGCUGAACUUUGUGAGGAUCCUGAGGAUCUUUAAGCUGAUGCGCCACAUGGUGGGAGUGCGUGUGUUAGUCUACACACUAAAGGCCAGCGUUCAAGAGUUCUGCCUCCUUGCUGUCUUCUUUGGAAUUGGAAUGCUAAUUUUCAGCACCCUGGAAUUCUACGCAGAGCGAGUACAUGGUGACCCUGAAGACCCAACUUUGACUGCGCACACCAAUUUUAAGAACAUCCCCAUAGGCUUCUGGUGGGCGGUGGUUACCAUGACAACCCUGGGCUAUGGGGACAUGUACCCGGAGACCUGUUCCGGCAUGGUAAUUGGAGCCCUGUGUGCUCUGGCAGGUAUUCUGACCAUAGCCAUGCCUGUCCCAGUCAUAGUCAAUAACUUCCGCCUGUACCACUCCCUGGCCAUGGCCCAACAAAAGCUCCCAAAGAAGAAGAAGAGGCAACACCUGCCCCUGUCUGGAGUGCUUAGCCAGCCAUCCCCAAGUGGGGAGCAGAUAGAAUUAUGCCUGUUAUCAGGGGAGCGCUCUUGUUCAGAAUGAAUCCCGGCGUUAGUCUGGCUAUGAGACCCUGGAUGUAGAGACUGGAUCCUGAUUGUACCAUUACACCAGAUUGGGACAUUAUAGCUAUGUUAUACCAUGAAUAACAUUAUAACAUUUUACAUUUUAAUAUCUUUAUAGCCCAAAGGUCAAACAAUAUUUGUUUGUGUGUAUUCAAGGUACUAUGUAUUAUUGGUUUAUUCGGAUCCCCAUUAGCUUUUGCAGAAGCAGCAGCUAUUCUUCCUGGGGUCCACACAAAAACAUAAAACACAACAAGUAACAAAACACUGAUGUACUGAUAGACAAGAACAGUCACACAAAUGUAAAAUGAUACAAUAUACAGUUAGUAUUCCAAACAUCAAGAACACCUUCCUAACAUUGAGUUGCACCCCCUUCUGCCCUCAGAACAGCCUCAAUUCGUC